CCAACACGUGCAUCAUCCCGGAUUCGCGUUGCCUGUAUCAAGCUUGCGACGUUAAGCUAUCUCAGCCUGGCCUCCAGCCUCAAGACAACCAAGCUUCAUCAAUCCGCAUCAAAAAUGAAGCUCAACAUUGGGCUCAGUGCAGCCUUUGCAGGCAUUGCUGCUGCAUCUCAACAGCCCCCCGCUGACGGUACCAAAGUUUAUAUCCUCCGAGGAUCCCAUCACAUCGAGCCUACCACGAGUAUCACCCCCAGCGAAGCCCGUCUCAUCCUCUACCAGCGCCUCGCCCCCGAGGGACAGGACUUUUCAUUUCGCGAUCUCACAGCAUCCGACGAUGAAGGGCGUGUCGUCUCUUUAAUGAACAAAUAUGGAAAGGUCCCUGCGCCAUUGCUUUCCGAUGAGAAGACCGCGACGCCGCGCCAGCUCGCUAUUACCAUUGACGGAAUGCCCUCCUUUGAAUACGAAUCAUUCUUUGGCUGGCUCUUUAACACACAGCCCGACUUUACCACGGAUAUUAGCAAGGAGAAUGGCGAGCAUCCCGAGGUUUUCGCAAAUGUCCUCGCCAAGAUGCCCGAGUGUCCCCUGAGCCAGAUUGCUGCCUUGGACGAGAAGUGUUUCAAUGGUCAAUCUGCUUAUGCGUCAUACAGCAGGUCCCAGGAUGGUGACCAUCCCACUACCCUACUAAACGAGCUCCCCAAGCUUCAGAAGCUCGCCGAGUCGGGCGAACUACAGACCAUCCUGGUUUUCCUACCCGUCGACGUCGACUCUGAGGACAAGCCCGACAAGGAUCAAGAGCUUCGACGUCGACAGGCUGAGACCGUUAUCUCGUCUAUUGAAGAGACAGCCGAGUCACCGGCCGAAACCUCUACCACACCCGCGAAGCCUUCGAACCCCAUUAAAGCUGUAUGCUUCACCUCGGAGGAUAGCUGUAUGGAAGCUACUGGCAACUGCACAGGCCAUGGAAAGUGCCUGAAUAAAUACGGCCAAAGCAAGGACUCUUGCUUCGCCUGCCACUGCCAAGUUACCAAGUCCGAGAGUGGCAGUGUCACUCACUGGGGUGGUAACAUGUGCCAGAAGCAGGACAUCAGUGUCCAAUUCUGGCUCUUCGCUGGCUUCACCAUUGCCCUCCUUACCAUUCUGUACAUGGCCAUUGGCAUGCUCUUCAGCGUUGGUGAGGAGAAGCUCCCUGGAGUGAUUGGCGCUGCACAUGCUUCUGUUGGUGGAGUUGACAAAACCGGGUUUUUCUGCUUUUCGUCAAAAGUCCGCCGGACUUGUCAGCAUACACCGCCUUCCAUUCUUCUCCUGCAAGCUCUUUAUGCACGGCAGAUCACGGUUAUGAUAUCCCAUUCCAAUGCAGACAGGCCCAAGCCCGCAACGGCUAAAUGGGGUGCUGCUUGUGCGCAGUGCUCUACCGCGAAAGCCAAGUGUAUACGGUCAAAUAAUACGCCUGGAUCAAAGUGCGAUAGAUGUGAACGAUUAGUCAAGAAUUGUACGGAGCAGGUUCAUCGACCCCGGAAAAAGAGAACUGUCAAACCAUCACGAACUGCUCAAAUAGAAGAAAGACUAAAUGGACUAGUCAAUCUUCUCAAAGCAGGUGGCCUCACCAAUGCCGAUCUUGCAACAGAUACGACCUGCAUCCCAACUGAGGUUGACCCUACCACUGCUGAUCAACGGAAGCCUUCAACGAAAGAGAGAGAUUCUUCUCUCACUCCUGAGACAACAGAGUGGUCAAUACCUGAUACUUACAACUCAUAUGCUCCUCCACAAUGUAUAUGCAGACAGACCAGUGGAGUGGCUCCGCCCCCUCCGGCCUCAGAUGAAGAACUCUUGAAGCUUUAUCGAAAAGAGUUACAAGCCCUUCACCCGUUUGUCGUGAUCCCCGAUGGCGUUACAGCUGCAAAACUCAAGGCGACGCGGCCUUUCCUUAUGUCAGCCAUUCGCAUGGUCACGUCGUAUCGCAGUCUAAGGUCGAUGAGGGCUCAGAUGUAUCAUCUGAUGAAGUACAUAGCAGACCACAUGCUCAUCCGUUCUGAGCGAUCUCUGGACUUAUUACUUGGAAUCAUUGUCAUAAUUGCGUGGUACAAGUAUCACUGCUUCAUGCACGCACAGCUAAACAACUUGAUCGCCUUGGCCUCUACUCUCGUGGGUGAGUUGGGCUUACACCGCAGUCCGACGGUUCUGGAGCGGACCAGCUUGAUGGUUGUGACACCGUUCCAGCCGGCAGCGAGAACUAACGAGGAGAGGAGAGCCUUAUUGGGAGUAUGGUACUUAUCUUCAUCGAUGUCUCUCGGGUUCCUACGGAUAGAACCCAUGCGGUACACCAAAUACAUCCAACAAUGUCUGGCUGUUCUUGAGCAGGAAAGGGAGUACGACACGGACAUGCGCCUUGUAACGCUUGUUCGCGUUCAGCACUUGACGGAGAGGAUCGCACAACUUAAUGCUCCUGAUGACCCUACGGAAGAGAUUGUUGGCCUCCCAGCAGCACCAUUAUCAGCCUACGUUUCUGCGUUCCAUAACGAACUUGACAGGAUCAGGAAUGGGUUACCUCCCGAGCUUACAAACGACAGAGUGAUAAAUAUGUUUCUAAAUACGGCCAUGCUCCGUUUAUAUGAACCUCCUAUACUAGACGCCCCUAAAAUUAUCUCCAUGUCAGAGUCAUUAACAUCUCCAACAUUAGGGGCUGCUUCAGCUCUGGACAUCUUUUACCAGUCAAGAAACGCACUGAAGAAGUUCUUUGACGAUUGGCUCAUGGUUCCGAUUCCCGAAUUCUACAACCAGACAACACCGGUAGUUGCACAACUUGUCUACGGGAUGACAAUGCUUGGUCGCUGGGCCAAGUAUACUGCGCCGAUUCCUUUGACAAAGGCCACUACACCAAUGCCACAGGACACAAGCGCGCGAGACCCCCAUGAUGAGAUUUACAAAGCAGACUCCGCAUACUCGGCGAGUGUCAGCCCAUCAGUUGCAACACCGUCAGUGACGACGGGAAGAGAUUCUCAUGAAACCAGCCCGAUCUCACUCCGGGAGGGUACAGACCCGAGGCUACCAGCUGCUGUGGCUGCUCUUCGGUCACAGAUCCAGACCCAACCAGGACUCUCCCUCGACGUCACAGGGAUACUAUCGGCGAUAUGUGCGCGGUUUGAAGAAGCCAACGCAUCAUUCCAGAUGGCAUCAACAGAGCCUGAUGCUUCGGAUCACAACUUGUGGAGUAUGAGUGCCAUCAAGGUUAAAAUCACGAGGGCAAAGCUUGAGAGAUGGGCAGAAAUUGUAGCGGCUGGUACAGAAGCCCUAAAGAUACACGAUGAAGUCCGAGACACGGCCAUGAUAGAUAGUAGCACGAGCGAGAUCGGAGCCGCUGGCCCUGUAGCGGCCAUGGGCCAGGAUAUGCAGCCUGAUGCGUUCACCAUGCCGGAUUGGAACCCUGACAUGCCGUGGGCUUCGGAGAUGCUCCAGGGGGUUGACCCUUCGAUAUGGUUCGACGGUUAUCUAGAUUGGGGGGCUGUUAUGAAUUCUAUGGGCAAUCUGGGACACCCGAACUAGCCCUGAGACAUCGCCUUAGGGGCGGUAUCUUAUAUAUGAUAUGUCAGAUGAGGCUUAAUAUUAAUUAUGACUGAUCUAAGUGACCUUAUAAGAUUGUUCAGAUCUGCUCUCAGACCUCAACAAAAUUCUGAAACUUAAUUCGCCUUCUAA